AUGAUCCCGCGACGAUUAGUCCUCCUCUUCUUCGUGCUCCUCGCGACGACAGUCCUGGCGAUGCCCGCCGCCGACGGCGGACUAUCCCGACCAAAGCGUACGCGCGGCGCCGCGACCAAGGCCGCCACAGGAACACGACUGCAGCAGGCGGCGGCCGCCGCGCAAAAGCGCUCUGCCGCGAAGGGCAAGAAGGCGACCAAGGUGCAGGCUCGCGCACCGCAAGCUUCCAAGCGAAUGGGCCAGCGCAAGCGCGCAAAGGUUCAGGCGCCGGCAGCGGGCAAGAAGGACUACUCGUCGUUCCUGUGCCCCGGUGGAUCAGUCGCAUGUCCCGUGAACGACGCGGACCCGACUGUGCUCAAGACGCAGCUGAACUCGGUCGCCGACUGGUUCAGAGUGGGAUUCGAGUGUGUCGAUCUGCAGACCGAGCUCGAGCAGUGCGGAGGCUGCCGCGCACUCGGCAAGGGACAGGACUGCUCUACCAUUGAGAACGUCAAGACGGCGUCUUGCGAGCAGGGGCGAUGCGUUGUUCUCGCGUGCGCUCCGGGGUACAACGUCAGUGCCGAUCGCGACGCGUGUGUCGCCGGAGGGUCUGCCCAGCAGCCCCUUCGCCGGCGGCGAUAG